AUGUGCAAACACAUCCUCAACGCCCAAGUCUCCAUCCGAGCGCCUUGUUGCCGCAAAUGGUUCGACUGCGCCGAAUGCCACGCCGAGAAUGAAACCCACCCUCUCCGCCAGCAACUCGAGCUCGUCUUCGCCUGCAAAAAGUGCAAGAAGUGCUUCCGCAAGGACGCCCAAGAGUUCGAGGAGGCCGACGAGUAUUGCCCCCACUGCGAUAACCACUUUGUGCUCGAUGCCGUCACACCCAAGGCUGCGCUGACGGUCGAGGGCACUGAUGCGCGCGUGGACAACAGGAUGCUCAAGGAUGAAAGAAUGAAGGGCGAAGAGCAGAGGACGGUGUUUGAUUUGAAGGACGACGCUGAUAAGCUUGGGUGA